CGCCAUUUUAUAUUUUCGUGAAAAUAGCGUUAGCAGCUAGCUACAGAAGUAGUCGUUUGUCACACGUUGUGGUUACUCUGAGUGAUUUAAUCUGCGUGAUUAUUUGUUCAUUUCUGCAGUAAGCAGCUGGAAAAAGAAAGCUGCCACAACCCCGCGCGACUUUCUCAGGUCCAUGAUUUGAAACUCGCCAAACACGAGUGAAAGAUGACGCAGUUUCUACCACCGAACCUGCUGGCCCUGUUCGCACCGCGGGACCCCAUUCCCUUCCUACCUCAGCUGGUCAAGCUGCCCCACGAGAAGCACCACAACCAGCCGUACUGUGGCAUAGCUCCCUUCAUCAGGCACUUCGAGGACCCAAGAGAUGCUCCUCCACCCACCCGAGCAGAGACCCGCGAGGAGCGCCUGGAGAGAAAGAGGCGAGAGAAGAUUGAAAGACGACAGGCUGAAGUGGAAACAGAACUAAAGCUUUGGGACCCACAUAACGACCCAAAUGCACAAGGAGACGCCUUCAAGACUUUGUUUGUUGCACGAGUGAACUAUGAUACUACAGAGUCCAAGCUUCGCCGUGAGUUUGAAGUCUAUGGCCCCAUUAAACGGAUCUACAUCGUCUACAACAAGAGGACGGGGAAACCCCGGGGCUAUGCAUUCAUUGAGUAUGAGCAUGAGCGGGACAUGCACUCUGCUUAUAAACAUGCAGAUGGGAAGAAGAUCGAUGGCCGCAGGGUGUUGGUGGAUGUGGAACGAGGACGUACCGUCAAAGGGUGGCUCCCUCGCAGACUAGGAGGUGGAUUGGGAGGAACAAGGAGAGGUGGGGCUGAUGUCAACAUCAAGCACUCUGGACGAGACGAUGCGUCUCGUUACGAUGACCGUCCUCUGGGGGGUGACCGGGACCGCGGGGACAGGAGGGAGCGCAGCCGGGACCGCGACCGGGACAAGGACCGAGAACGUCGGAGGUCCCGGUCCCGCGAAAGGCGUCGACACACCCGAUCCAGGGAGCGAGAGAGGGAGAGGGACAGGCAGAUCGGGGCGGGCGAGGACACCCCCACUGGCGGCGGUAGCAGCCGACGGCGGGAACGAGAGAGGGAACGCGGGGGGGGCGGGGGCAGCAGCAGCAGCAGCAGCAGCAGGAGGAGGGACAGCAGGAGCAGGGAGAGGAGUCGCGACCGGAAGAGGAGAAGCCGGAGUCGGGACCGCAAAAGAGACAGGGAGAGAGGGAAAGGGCUGGACGGGGAGGAGGUGGGACAGGGAGACAGCGCUCCGGACGGCGGGGAGCGGGUGAUGGAGGAGCAUGAGGGAGAAGGGGGGGAGGGUAUGGAGGAGCGUAGAGACAGGGAUAGGGACAGGAGGCGGAGCCACAGGGACAGAGACAGGCGUAGAGGAGAUCGGGACAGAGACAGGGAGCACAAGAGGGAACGCGGGGACAGAGACAGGGAGCGGCGAGAGGAGCGCCACGGGUCCUCACGGGAGGACAUGGGUCCCCAGGACGUCAUGGGCAACGAGGACGACUGCGUCCCCCCACAGAUGGAGUACAGCCAGGACGGGAUGAUGGACCAGCAGCUUGUCCCGUCCACUGACGAUUACGGAUCCGGAGAGAACGGCUACAAGAUGGAGGCUCCGGGAGAUGAGUACUGACCCCCACCCACAGGACAGGCUCACUGAUGAAGGAGCUGCUUUUACUUUUCCCUGAAAUCCAAAAAAUUCCAGCUUCUCCUGACUGUAAAACAUGGAGCUCGCUCCCGUCUUUUGUAUCACUGCACGUAAAGUUUUCUGGUUUGAAUCUGGCUCCAGGGGUCUGAGUCCACGCCGCUAAAUAUCAGGAGUACCUUAGUGAUCCAGUCGGGUUUUAUCUGGGGCGGCUUGUGGGCCUGCUUACAGAGGAACUGUUCCUUCUGGUGGGUAGUUUCCGGAUUUAUCCGUCUGGUCUGGACGUAGUAUUUUAAGUCAGGGUUGUUGCUUCAUUCAUCCUGUAAUCUUUUUUUUUUUUUUUUUUUUUUUUUUUAAGGCUGUUUCUUUUUUUUAAAUAAAGAUGUGAAUUGUCUGCU